AUUUAAUAUUGAUAACAUGGUCCAUAAACAUGGACUGGAAUUUUAUGGAUACAUUAAACUAAUAAAUUUUAUUAGACUUAAGGUAAGUUGGUAGCUUAAUUUAUAAUUUUGGAGACUGAAGAAAUACCAUGGGGACCAAUGAUGCACUGAUUUUAGAAAAAUACAAAGAACUGCUAAAUGAAGAACUGGUUUAGAUUUUAGCAUCAUAUUGGGGGAAUCAUGGACAUUAGGAACUAGUAUAACAUGGAGCACCAAGUAAAUGAAUAUACACCAUGCUUCAUAAGGUGUCAUUUUUAACUAUUUCUAGGAGGUGAAUCGAUGUUACGUGAAAAAGUAAUACAGUGUCCAAUAAUGGGAAAUAUUGAUACACAGUAUUUCUCUAAAAUCAGAAAGAAUUUGUAGUGUGAUUUCAAGUAUUGUGAUUGUCUUUUCUAUUUUUCAAAUACUUUGUCCUUUUUUCUAUUCAAAUGAAUGUUUAUGUUGCCACUUCCUCCAAAUCCAAACAAUAUUGAAUCCAAUAUUGAAGCCAUGUUGCAUAUUAAUGUAAGCAGUCAUCCAGUCAAGUUAAUGAAAUGACAGAAUCCUACAGUUGAGUAUAUGAAUUCCAUAUACAAUCCAGUGCCUUGGGAGAAGGAAGAGUAUUUGAAGCCAGUAUUAGAAGAUGACCUAUUACUUCAAUUUGAUGUGGAAGAUCUUUAUGAACCUGUGUCAGUCCCAUUCUCGUACCCCAAUGGACUCAGUGAAAAUACAUCUGUGGUUGAAAAAUUGAAACAUAUGGAAGCCAGAGCACUGUCUGCUGAAGCUGCACUAGCUAGAGCACGUGAGGAUCUGCAAAGAAUGAAGCAAUUUGCUCAGGAUUUUGUGAUGAACGCAGAUGUCAGAACCUGCUCGUCAUCUACUACUGCCAUUGCAGACCUCCAGGAAGAUGAGGAUGGUGUUUAUUUCAGCUCAUACGGGCAUUAUGGGAUACAUGAAGAAAUGCUAAAGGACAAAGUGCGAACAGAAAGUUACCGAGAUUUUAUAUACCAAAAUCCACAUAUCUUCAAAGACAAGGUAGUUCUGGAUGUUGGCUGUGGAACUGGAAUUCUCUCUAUGUUUGCAGCUAAAGCUGGGGCAAAGAAGGUUCUUGGAGUUGAUCAAUCUGAAAUACUUUACCAGGCAAUGGAUAUCAUAAGACUAAAUAAACUUGAAGAUACUAUUAUACUAAUUAAAGGAAAGAUUGAAGAAGUUUGCCUUCCUGUAGAAAAAGUGGAUGUCAUUAUAUCUGAGUGGAUGGGCUAUUUUCUUCUUUUUGAGUCUAUGUUAGAUUCUGUCCUUUAUGCAAAGAACAAAUACUUGGCAAAAGGAGGAUCGGUGUACCCUGAUAUUUGCACCAUCAGCCUUGUGGCAGUAAGUGAUACGAAUAAGCAUGCCGAUAGAAUUGCUUUUUGGGAUAAUGUUUAUGGCUUCAACAUGUCCUGUAUGAAGAAAGCAGUUAUUCCAGAAGCUGUUGUGGAAGUUUUAGAUCCAACAACUGUUAUUUCAGAUGCUUGUAGUAUUAAGCAAAUAGAUUGCCAUACAACGUCUGUCUCAGCUUUGGAGUUUUCUUCAGAUUUUACCCUGAAAAUUACAAAGACAUCCAUGUGCACGGCAAUUGCUGGCUACUUCGAUAUAUAUUUUGAGAAGAAUUGUCACAGUAGGGUUGUGUUCUCCACGGGCCCCCAGAGUGCCAAAACACACUGGAAGCAAACGGUAUUUCUAUUGGAAAAGCCAUUUUCAGUUAAAGCAGGUGAAGCCUUGAAAGGAAAGAUCACAGUCCACAAGAAUAAGAAAGAUCCACGUUCGCUCAUUGUGACCCUCACAUUGAAUAAUUCAACUCAAACUUAUGGUCUCCAGUGAAAAGCCCACAGAACCACAACUAACUGGGGUUCUUAUGGGGGGGGGGGUAUGGGUAGGGGGUGGAGUGAGGGGCUUUAUGUGAGCAUGUGGAUGAUCCUUUCCUGAUGCUUCUCCUCAGUACGAGAAACACAUGGUAAGAACCUAAUAUAAUUCAGCUAAAGAAGGAAAAGCACCUGAGCCUAGUGGAGUGCCUCCAUAAUCACAGUCUUAGACGUCUGGCCAGCAAGAUUUUACUAGAUAUACCCCUACAUUGAAUUUAGCCAUAUUGAAAACAAUUUAAAUAGGCCUGAAUUUGGAACAGAGGUAUCCUUUUGUUGGUUUUAAUGUUUCUUACUAUAAAUUUUAAACACUGGUAACUGAUUAGUUAGUUAAUGUUUUAUUAAACUAGUAACUAUACACAAGCUAGUGUACAUUUUAUUGCAGAUUUCUGCUCUGAGGAGUAGUUUUUAAUUGUAUUAUUGAAAAGAGUAUCAGCAUAUAAUAGAUUAAAGAGCAAGUGGAAGGGACCAAAAUUUGGAAAAGAGCGUCACACAAAUCAUAUUUAAAGACAGCUUAGUUGAUUAUCCUCUAGUUCUGAACUUCUCAUUUUACAGCUGCUUUCCUCCUCACAAAUACUCUUUCACCACAGAGUUUUCUGGGGCUGCCCAGGAAAUCCAAUUUCAGUACAUUUAUCCUAGGUUUCAUGUAAACUUUUAAAGGUUUGGAAAAAUAAGUACCUAUUUACUAAUGUAUCUUUUUCAAACUAGAUUUAUGCGCAAAGUUAAACAUGUAAAUGUUAAUAGACAUCUGUCCCUCUGUACAACUGUGUCACUUACAGUUAUUUACACAAUUUGAAGUGCAGAGUAGAAAACAUUCAAUACACUGUAUACAAUAACCAAUAGCAUUAUAAAAUGAUAUUUUAACAUACUAAAGCCUUUUAUAAAAUCGGAAACAUUUAAAACAAUUCUUAAGAAAGGAAUCAUCUUUUAAGAAAACAGGGAUUUAAAGGCAGCUAGGUCACAUAUUUCUUUUCAGUUCAAAAGCUGGUUCUUUUUCAAAAGGCAUACACAAGGCAGCGUAGCAUAGUGUUGAGAAUCAUGAGCUGUGGAAGUCAGUGUGUAGGUUCAAGCUUUGGUGCCAGCUCUUACUUGCUAUGUGAUCUUAGUCAUGUUCCUAACCUCUCUCUCCCACUAUGAAUGUGCCAGCUCAUGAGUUAACACAUUUUAACUACUUCGAUCAGUGCCUGGCACAUAGAAGGCAGUAAAUGCUGGGUGAUAGUACCCUCAUCAUCAUGCAGUCAAGGGUCUGUUCCAUGGAAUAUGUGGUGUCUACUUAGAUUAGGAAUUGUCACUUCAUCCAAUACUUAAGUAUAUGAAUGGGUGGGAAGAUUUCAGCAAAAAUUAAUGUUUACUAUACCAAAAAUGAUCAAAAAUUUGUCUUUUGGUGUUUAUUAGAGAACUGGAGUUCUAACAAUGGGAAGAUUAACACCUUCAAAUGAUGUGUUUCAGACCAUAGUCUCUUAAGUCUUGCUUCUUACAUAAGCAUGAUUUCUGUUGUCACCGGGUGAAACCAGCAGCUUGUUUUCACAUAAUGCUCUAAUUUGAAUUUAGAGCAUUACUGGAAAUAUGUGGUGCUAAUAGUAUAGUGCAAAGUACUUUAAAUUUUGUCUGGAAUGGCCUCAUGUACAAAUUUGAGUAUGGUGGGGUGAUGAAAAUGAGGAAGCAUAAGAUUCACUGGAUUUUUAAAGUAACCAAAAAACAUCUUACUUUUUUUUGCCUUAUUUUUCUUUAAGUGCAUAACAAUUUUUUUUACUAUUUAAAAAAAUGUAUUUCUCAAAAAUGAUGUUUUAAAAAGUCUUUUUGAUUUGCAUGGGAUUUUCAUCCAGGGGCUCUUUUGAGUUUCUCCUGGUUAUAAAUAGCCCAACCAUAGUUGGUAGAUUUCUGUUCUUUUCAGUUCCCAUUCCCAGGCUGGAACAUUUUAAUGUAUGUAUCUAAACAUUUUAUGAGAAUAUGAGAGUUCAAAUAUUAGCUCUUUGAUUGGAAUUUCAGCUGUCAACCUACUAUGAAAAAUAAGUACUUCAGAGUCUUUGACAGUGAUAAAUACGUUCAUGCUGUGGCAGCUGCACAUUUACGGAUAGCAAACGACUUUGUCCCAAAGAUUUUAUUUCAUUUCAAUUAAGAAAAUAUAUUUUUUCCUCCUAUUUUUCUUUGUGAAAAUUAACAUUGUUAUGCUGUAAUGUGUAGGGUUCAUCCAAAUAUAAUUAUCAUCUCUGUUCAGUGGAACAGUAUUUUCUGAAUGAGCAUUUUGGAAGGAGUGUUUCACCAAAACAACUUUUCAGGGCAUGCAGAGUUGCAAAAGUGGUCCAAGAAGUAGCCCCAACUGCUAAGGACACACUUUAAGAUAAAUGAGGGAGCUGUCAUUUCACUUUGAAAUAAUCCCUGUUUGAAGGGGAGGGCAAGUAAUUCUGGUCCUACAGAGUUACUUGCUUUCUUACCACAUUAAUCUGGAUUAACUGUUGUGGUCUACCUGUGUCCUUUAGCGUUCUACCUUUCUCAGUUUUUAAAGGGAAAUAUCUGAAAUGUAUUGUGUGAAAUAAAGGACUUGAGAUCAGCCCAUACCAAUCUCACCAAUCAUACUAUCAAGUAGAGCAAGUAUGCCAACAGUACUGCUAAGAACAUUCAAUGGGGAGAUUAAAACAGGAUGAUAUGGAUGAUACGUUACUUAGCUCCUGCCCACUAUGCCAGAAAUGAUCAUUUAGGCUACUGAGCUGUAGCAUAGACCCAAAACAGCUAGGGAUUCAGAUUUUUCUGUGGAGAAUAUCUCCAAAACAUACUAAGUAUCCAAUACUGUCAUGGAGUUUGAAUCUAUGAUGAAAGGCAAGGUCAGUGAGAUAGCUGAGGUCAAUCAUUGCCUGUUGUAGGGUUAGCAAACUACAGCCUGAGGCCAAAUCCACCCCAUUGCCCAUUUUGAUAAAAUUUAAUUGGAGCAGAGAUAGCUAAUACUGAAGGUAGAAGAAUUUCUUCACAAGAUUCAUUAAUGGCCAUGGCAGAGAAUAUACAUCCAAUAAAGCACAUUACAAAGACUACAGUUUUUACAAACAUGGAGCUAAGCAGUGGGAUGUACUUCAUGUAUGAGGGUUAGAGGACCAACCAAGACUUACCGUAAUUAAAAAAAAAUACACACACACACACACACACACGGUGUUUACAUUCUUGAGAUGGGUGUCUAGAAUUGUAACUGUUGUAAUUGUGCAAAGAGAAUCAGUACACUAAAACUUUAUAGCUGAUAAUCAACUUUAUUUAGAAAGUUUAGUAAAACCAGAAAAGGGUACAAAAGAACUUUUCACAGUUAGAGAUGGAUUUACCCCGCCCACAGCUACAAACUAAACUAAUGAAGGACUUGGAUGAAUGUCACUAACCUCUGGGUUUUUAAGAGGGCUCUGGAUCCAAAACCAGCUGCCAACAUUAGGAGAAACAGUUAGGGAAAUUGCUUUAUAUCAGCACUUUUGAACAUGCUUUGGUGUCUUCCUUGCUGGGUUCUCACCCUAGAAUGUGGUGUUCCUGUUGUACUUAGGCACUAGGCCCCAUGGGAAGGCAUGUAAUCAAAUGAGGCCACCUAUCAAAUGAGGCCAUGUUGCCUUGGAGGUACAUGUAUUUUUAAUGAUUUUGUGUUUCUUUCCUUGCUAUAAAGUUAGGGUGAACUUUUCCAAGCAGAAUGACGAACAAGCAAAGCACAUUUAAAGUGUCUUAGCAAUUCACUUGUCCUUUCUAAUAAAGUUUUGAGCGCAAAAAAAAAAAGGGGGGGGGUGCCCAGAUGGCUCAGUUGAUUAAGCGUCCGACUUCAGCUCAAGUCAUGA